AUGUAGCUAAAUGAUUUAUAUCACUGGGAGUAAGGAUAUAUAAUCAAUUAGCAGAUAAUCGGCCUUCCUGUCCAGCUCUGCUUGGCGGACAGUCAUGCCGGUGGAGGGAAGGAAGAAGGGCGUGCCGGCGCUGGGGUGGUGGCUAAUGCUGGUCGGCUCCCUCCGCCUCGCCUCCGUCUGGUUCGGCUUCUUUGACAUCUGGGCGCUCCGCGUCGCCGUCUUCUCCCAGACGGACAUGACUGAUGUUCAUGGCCGUACUUUUGGUGUCUGGACUCUUCUGACCUGCACGUUGUGCUUCCUCUGUGCACUGAACCUGGAAAAUAGGCCUCUGUAUCUGGCCACCUUCCUAUCAUUUGUCUACGCUCUUGGCCAUUUCCUCACAGAGUACUUGAUAUAUCACACCAUGGCUGCAGCAAAUCUGAGCACAGUUGGCUUCUUUGCAGGAACGUCAAUCAUAUGGAUGCUUCUUCAGUGGAAUUAUCAUGUGAAUCCCCAUGGUGCCCAAGCUGUGAAGCAGUCAUGAUUGAUGCUUGGGCUGUUAGCUUUAUGUGGUCCAGGGGGAGGAAGGAUACCUUAGAAACUGUCAGAAAAGCUCAUUUCAUACUUCAUUUUUCAUCAUGUUAUUUUGUUGCAUGAGACAUUUGUCCAACUGAGUAGGGAAUGAAAGUUCAAAUUAUUUCUGCCACUGAUUGGGGGAUGGAAUUCCAAACAUUGUAAAAGGCGACUGUAUCUAGUAUGCAGGAGGCUUAACAUCGAAUUUGUGAAUAUUCAGGCAUACCACCUGUUGAGAGCUGAGAUACGGUAGGGAUAUCUUCAGCAACUCUUCUAUCACAUCUCCUAUUUCAAAUUCUACUCUAUAAACAAUGUUGUCUAAGUGGAAAACAGUGUUUUGUAUGAUCACACAUGAUCUGUUGGACACAACCUUAAGGACAACCUUAGAGAGCUAUAUCCAUUUUAUCAAGGUCCUUCUAGUCUUCCUUA